AACAAACAACAAUGACACAAAUACACAAUUAACGAUCAAACGUCAAAAUACGUUACCAAGUCAAUGACAUUGUGUGUAUAUACAAAAUAAAAAAAAAAACGAAAUUUAUUGCAUUAACUACUAAAUUAAUUAUCACUUAAUCAAAGGAUCAAUUAAGAUUUUACUUAAAAUGAAUGCAAAAAAAAUAUGUGUUGAGACAGACCAACGAACAUCUGAUGGAGAUGACAAGGAUCCAAAAAUUGUCAUCAAUUCACUGGAUUACGACUCAUUAGCAAAAAUCAUCAUGUUGUUGCCAAUACCAGAAAGGAUAGACAUGGAAAAAGUUUGUACCAAAUGGAAAGAAGCAUGUCAACUAGCUUGGUAUGACAUUAAAGAAUACAAAUGUCAAUCAUCAAUUGGACGUUGUUAUGAUAACCGUUUGUUGACACAAUCAUACCUCGAGAAAAUAUUAUUAAGAUGUGGUAAAUAUCUAAACAAAUUGUCUCUCUCAGAUGUUUGUAAUUCAAGUAUCAUGUCAUUUGUUGGUGAUCACUGUAAAAAUUUAACAAGUCUUGAAUGUGAAUUUGAUGAUAAUGCUGAUUACAUUGUUCAAGCAUUAACACAGUUGGAUAAAUUAAAAUGCAUUAAAAUGUUACUGAAGUCUACGACAAAAAAAAAAGUAAUCAAUCUAUUUGAAAUAAUAAAUAGUCUUCCAGAAGAAAUUAAUGAAAUUCAUUUACUCAAUAACUGUUGGUGGUUGUACGAUGAACAUGCAGUUCUUUUCAGUUUUAAAAAAUUUAUAAAUCUUCAAAAAUUGACUUUACUUGACUUCUACGUAGACGAGCUAAUUCUUCAAGAAAUAGCAGAAGCAACAACACUCGUUCAUCUUAACAUUCAAUUAUAUGAUACACAAACAGAGUUUCCUCUAUUCGAUAAACUCGUUAAUUUAGAAUAUAUUAAAAUCAAGAGUAAAGCAGAAGAAGAUAUAGAAGGAAUAGAAGAAAAAGAAGUCUCUACAAAAAUAGUCAACACUAUUUUUUGUAAAUGCAAAAAUCUAAAACAUCUUGAUAUUCCAAAUGACUUUUGUGAUCUUGCUAAAAUUCCUUUGGCAAAAUGGAAAAACUUAAGGAAUUUAGAAUACCUUACUUUAUCUUGUUAUGAAGUAUCACCUGACUUAGCAGAUACAAUUGUUAAAUAUUGCAAGAAUUUAAAACACUUGUGCAUAAAACCUAUAUGCCAUUUUAUAAAGACAAGUGUUGUAAAAAAGUUAACAAAAUUGGAAAAUCUUGAAAGUUUCAUAAUAAAUCUUUGGCUCUUUAAGCUCACUGAGGAAUCAAUAAUUGCAAUUUCAAACAAUUGUAAAAAACUUAAACGUUUAGAACUUAAUAAUUGCUUUUUAGUACCAUCUAUUGAUAGUGACGAACUUUCUUCUCCAACUGUUUUAAAUGAGUUAUCAAAAUUACAAUAUCUUGAACAUCUAAGCUUGUAUGAUGCACAAAGUUUUGAAGAUAAUACAAUUAUUGCUAUUGCUAAUAAUUGUAAAAACCUCAAAAGUUUAGACAUCUGUUGUCUUACAUAUGAUAUUACUGAAACAGCUCUCGUUGCUGUAACAAAGUUGGAAAAUUUAGAAAUACUAAAAGUAAACUAUCGUAAUAUUUCAGACAACUUCAUUAUCAGGUUAAAAGGAUUAAAAGAAUUGCAUUGUGUUCAUUGCAGGAAUCUUACUGAAACUGGUAUAAUUCAAUUUAUAAAAAAUAACCAAGAUCUAGAAAUGAUUAAUAUCGAGACUAUAGGUAAUAUUACAAUUGACUUGGUUAUUGGUGCUGAUCAGGCAACUAAAAAUCGUACAAAUGGUAUCGUCUUACACAUAAUAAUAGAUAAUUUUUCAAUAAUUGAAGCUUCUAAGUCAAUAAUUGGAUCUCAAUGGUUAGUUGUUAGAGCAUAGAUUUAUCCUUUUAAUUAAUUUAAAUUUAGCGUAUAUCUUUCUAUCUCUCUCAUUUAUACGCUCAAUAUUCUUCCAUAUCGUAUUCUU